CAACAGACUGCCUUACUGAUUUCUCCCAUUCACGCCAGCAUUUUGUCUAACGAGAAUCAAACCUGGGUCCAGCCUCCCUCAAAUAACAGGUACAUUUUGCUGCGGGGGAACACAGCGGAUCCCAAAAAGCUUCUGAAAUGAGGAGUGCCGCGCUUUACCUCGCCCAAACUGGAGGUUGCUGGUAGGGAUGGUGCCGCUCUGAAGAGCCCCUUCGGACGACAAGCCUGCGGUCAAGAGCUGCAAGCAAGUGCCUGGGCACCAUGACUGUCUUCAACCAAGAAAAUGUAGAGGAAUUUUAUGAGAUUGGGGAUGAGCUGGGAAGCGGUCAAUUUGCGGUGGUCAGAAGAUGCCGACACAGAGACACAGGAGUGGAGUACGCUGCCAAAUUCAUCAAGAAGCGACGCAGUAAGGCCAGUCGUCGAGGAGUGUCCCGGGAGGACAUUGAGCGCGAAGUGAGCAUCCUAAAAGAGAUCCAGCAUCCCAACGUCAUCACUUUACAUGAAGUCUUCGAGAACAAGGCCGAGGUCAUCUUGAUCCUGGAACUAGUGGCGGGCGGUGAACUGUUCGACUUUCUGGCAGAGAAGGAGUCUUUGAGUGAAGAGGAGGCCACACAGUUCCUCAAACAGAUCCUGGAUGGAGUCCAAUACCUGCACUCCAAGCAAAUCGCACACUUUGAUCUUAAGCCAGAGAAUAUCAUGCUGCUGAACCGCUCUGUGCCUCACCCGCGCAUCAAGCUCAUUGACUUUGGCCUGGCCCAUAAGAUCGACUUUGGCAAUGAUUUUAAAAACAUCUUUGGUACACCAGAAUUUGUAGCUCCAGAAGUAGUCAACUAUGAACCCCUGGGCCUGGAGGCGGACAUGUGGAGUGUUGGUGUGAUAACCUACAUACUACUCAGUGGAGCAUCACCAUUUUUGGGUGACAAUAAGCAAGAGACAUUAGCCAAUGUGUCGGCAGUCGAUUAUACAUUUGAAGAGGAAUUCUUCAGCAACACCAGCAAACUGGCCAAAGACUUCAUUGCAAGACUCCUUGUUAAAGACCCCAAAAAAAGAAUGACUAUCCAGGACAGCCUGCAACAUCCCUGGAUUAAACCGAAAGACACACUGCAGGCACUGAGCCGAAAGGAGUCUGCUGUCAAUAUGGAAAAGUUUAAAAAGUUUGCAGCACGAAGAAAAUGGAAACAAUCUGUCCGACUUAUUUCCUUAUGCAACCGCCUGUCCCGGUCAUUCCUGUCUAGAAGUAAUAUCAGUGUGGCCCGCAGUGAUGAUACUUUGGAUGAGGAAGACUCAUUUGUGAUGAAGGCCAUUAUCCAUGCCAUAAACGAUGACAAUGUACCUGGUCUACAACACCUGCUCGGCUCACUGAACAGUUAUGAUGUGAACCAGCCUAACAAGCAUGGCACCCCUCCUCUCUUGAUCGCAGCAGGCGGUGGCAACAUUCAGAUAAUCGAGGUGUUGAUGAGGAAAGGUGCUGAAAUCAAGGCCCACGAUAAGAGCGGAGCCAAUGCUAUCUACUAUGCAGCAAGACAUGGCCAUGUGGACACACUAAGAUUCCUCCAUGAGAAGAAAUGCCCUCUGAAUGUGCAAGAUAAGUCAGGAGAGACUGCUCUACACGUUGCUGCACGCUAUGGAAACGUGGACGUGGUGAGCUAUCUGUGCAGCAUCAAAGCUAAUCCAGACCUCUGUGACAGGGAACAGGAGACACCGUUACAUUGUGCUGCCUGGCAUGGAUACUCUGCAGUUGCUCGGUCACUCUGUAAGGCAGGCUGCCAUGUGGACGCUAAGAACAGGGAAGGGGAGACAGCUCUCCUAACGGCAUCUGCCAGGGGCUUUGUGGAUAUUGUGGAAUGCCUCAUAGAGCAUGGGGCAAAUGUGGAAGCCACUGACAAGGAUGGCCACACAGCUCUUCAUCUGGCUGUGAGGAGAUGCCAGGUGGAGGUGGUCCACUGUCUUCUCAGGCACCACUGCAACGUGGACCAGCAGGAUCGUCAUGGCAAUACACCCCUCCAUAUCGCCUGUAAAGAUGGAAACCUCCCUAUUGUCAUCGCCAUCUGCAACGCUAAGGCUAACCUUGACCUGCCAAACAAAUCUGGAAGGACCCCCCUCCAUUUAGCAUCUAAUAAUGGAGGUCUGGAGGUUGUGCGCCAUCUCUGCCUUGCUGGAGCCAAUACUGACGCUGUUACAAAUGUAAGUAACAAGCGGCAGUAUUUUCUGCUUGUCACAGCCCGAGUGCUGUUGCUAGGAUACCGCAUGUGGGGAGCAGGACGCGGGGGUGGCACCGAUGGACUGCCCCCCCUGAGCCCCACCACCCCGUCCCCUGGUGCUCUCCCUCGGGCUUUGGCUCAAUGGGCUGUGCUGACAGAGGCUGAAUGCUACGGGUGA